AUGAAAAAUAUUUUUUAUAAUAAAAAAUUAUAUAAUAAUAAAAAUAUUUAUAUGUUAUAUUAUAUUUUAAUAAUAUUUAAAAGUAUUUUUAUUAUUUUAAAUUUUAAAAGUAAAUGUAAUAAAAAUUAUUAUUUAUAUAAUAAAAUUUAUAAUUUACUUAUUAUAUAUAUAAAAGUAUAUUAUAUUUUAAAUAAUUUACAUUAUUAUAAUUUUGAUUAUAAUAUAUAUAAUAUGAAUUAUAUAUAUUUUUAUAUUUAUAAAUAUAGUAGUUUAAAUAAUAAAAUUAAUAUAAUUAAUAAUAAUAGUAUAAAUAUUAUAGAAAAAAUAAUAGAGAUAAAAAAAAUUUCUUAUACAAUAAAAAAAGGUAGAAUUAAAAGAUAUAAAGUUAUAUUAUUAAUAGGUAAUAAACAAGGUUGGGUAGGUAUAGGUAUAGGAAAACAUGUAAAUUUAAAUAAGGCUAUUUUAUCUUCUAAAAUUAAUAGUUUAAAUAAUAUAUAUUAUUUUAAAUAUUCAAUGUUAAAUAUGUAUAAAUUAAAGUAUAUUUAUAUAAAUUAUAAUAAAAUUUUUUUAAAAUUACAAUUUAAAAUUAGUAAUUAUUUAAAUAUACGUUUUUUAUUAUUUAAAUAUUUAUUUGAAUGUUUAGGAUAUUUAAAUUGUAAAAUUAUUAUGUAUCAUAAUAUUAUAAAUAAUAAAUAUAAUUUAUUGAAUAAAAUUUUAUUAAUAUUAUUUAAUUUAGUAUGA